GUGUUUCUGUUUACGUGUAGAAAAAUGGCGGAGUCCAAAAUUUCAGUAACUCAGGACGAGUUCAGCUGUUCAGUCUGUCUGGAAACACUGAAGGAUCCAGCUGCUAUUCCAUGUGGACACAGUUUCUGUAUGGUGUGUAUUAAUAACUGCUGGGAUCAGGAGGAUGAUAAGGGAACAUACAGCUGUCCACAGUGUAGACAAACCUUCACUCCAAGACCUGUUGUGAGGAGAAACACCAUGCUGGCUGGAGUUGUGGAGAAACUAAAGAAAACAGAACUUCAAGCUCCACAUCCUGGUCACUGUUCUGCUGGACCUGAAGAUGUGGAUUGUGAUUCCUGCACUGGGAAAAAAUCCAAAGCAGUAAAAUCCUGUCUGGUGUGUUUGGCCUCUUUCUGUGAAACUCACCUCCAACUUCACUAUGAAUCUCUUGCUUAUAAAAAGCACAAGCUGGUUAAAGCCUCCAGACGACUCCAGGAUCAGAUCUGCUCUCAGCAUGAUAAACUGCUGGAGGUUUACUGUCGUACUGAUCAGCAGUGUAUCUGCAUGUUGUGCACCAUGGAUGAUCAUAAAGGACAUGAUACAAUAUCAGCUGCAGCAGAAAGAACUGAGAUACAGAAGCAGCUGCUGGAGAUCCAGAGAAAAUUCCAGGAGAAAAUCCAGAACAGAGAGAAGGAACUUUGUGAGCUGAUAAACGCUGUGGAGUCUCACAAGUGUUCUGCACAGACAGCAGUGAAGAACAUUGAGAUGAUCUGCACUGAACUAAUCAACUCAAUUACCAGAAGAUGCUCUGAGCUAAAAGAUCUGAUCAGAGAUCGAGAGACAGCAGAAGUAAGUCGAGCUGAAAAAGUGCUGGAACUGUUGGAACAAGAGAUUGUAGAGCUGAAGAGGAAAGAUGCUGAACUGGAACAGCUUUCACACACAGAGGAUCCCGUCCAUUUCCUCCAGAAUUUUCAGUCUCUCUCGGCUCCUGCUGGAUCUGCAGAAUCAGCCGCCAUCACAAUCAGUCCUUUCCUCUCAUUUGAUGAUGUUACAAAGUCUGUAUCUCAGCUGAGAGAGAAAGUAGAAGAAUUCUGGAAAGAGCAGUGUGAGAAGAUACCAGAUGAAGUGAAGAAAGUCCGGAUUACUCCACCUACUGAACUUAAAAUCAGAGAAGAUUUUCUAUACUAUGUUUGUCGGUUCACACUGGAUCCAAACACAGUAAAUAAAAACCUCCGUCUGUCUGAGGAGAACAAAGUGGUGACCUGGAGUAUAACAGAACAGUCGUAUCCUGAUCAUCCAGAUAGAUUUGAUGGUUGGUCUCAGGUUGUGUGUAGAGAGAGUGUGAGUGGACGCUGUUACUGGGAGGUUGAGUGGAGUGGGAAUGAUGGGGUUUAUAUAGCAGUGUCAUAUAAAAGCAUCAGCAGGAAGGGACGUGGUGGUGAGUGUUUGUUUGGAUGUAAUGAUCAGUCCUGGAGUUUGUUCUGUUCUCCAUCCAGAUUUUUAUUUAGGCACAAUAACAAAAAGACUGAAAUUCCCACAAUGCCGAGUUCCUCUAGAAUAGGAGUGUAUGUGGAUUAUGAAGCAGGAACUCUGUCCUUCUACAGCGUCUCUGAUACAAUGAAGCUCCUCCACAGAGUUCAGACCACGUUCACUCAGCUCCUCUACCCGGGGUUUAGUCUUUAUUCAGGAUCAAAAGUGAAACUGUCAGAUUUAACAAAUUAAAUGUAAAAUUUACAUGAAAGUGUAACAUUAAACUGUUUGAGUGAUUUUAGAAUCUGUGAGGCAGUGAUACAUUUAUGAAGAUUUUCUUUUUCAAUUUAUUAACCACCAUUUAUUCAGUGCUGUGAAAAAGUAUUUACCUCCUUAUCUGAUUUCUUCUUUUCUUGAAUAUUUAUCAUCUAAAUGAUUCAGAUAUUAAAACUAAAUUAAAUAAAAGACAAACUGAAUAUUUAAAAACAUAAAAGAGAAAAUUUGUGUACAUUACAAAAUGGUAAAUGUGAUCAUUUUCACCUUAAACUUCUUUCUUCCCAAGUCUGUUAUAACCCCAAAUCAGAAAAAGUUGGGACAGUAUGAAAAAUGCAAAUAAAAUAAAAAAUACAUUAAUAAUUAAUAAUAAUAAAGUCACAAAUCUGUACCUAUUGAACAAGAUGUAAUGUAUCUCUAGCACCACUAGAUGGGGAUGAUGAACUCCACAUGAUUAUAAACUACACUUUAAAAGUCAGUUAAACGGUAAAAAUUUUUAAUUUGGCUUUUUUCAGUUUAGCUACUAAUAAAUGCAGUACAAGGAGACCUUUGAUUUUCAAAAAGAGUUAAACAAAGUUAUGACAGUUAUUUUCCAGAUUUGUGACAAUAUUAUUAUAAUUAUUAUUGUUAUUAUUUGUAUUUUAUUGUUAUAAUGAUUAAUUGUUGCUGUUGGGUUUGUUGCUGUAGGUUUACAUUGCUGUCUUCAGGAUUUCCUCUUUAGUGAUAUUUAAUGUUAAUAGCUGUUCUGAUCUAAAAGAUGUUGCUGCCUUUGACCUUUAAAACUGAAAAGUGAUUUGUGAGAUAAUUAAAAUAAGUAAAAUGUUUAUUUUGUACUUUGGUUUUAUAUUAUUUGUACAAACAUUUGUU